CUUAAUCUUCUGAGGCUUGUGAUGUCCUCAAAAGAACCACUGAUGCAUGUGUGGAAAUUUUAUAAUAUAAAGAAAAAGAAAGGUAAAAAAAAGCCCUCCCUAAGAUGGCUGCUGACGACGAACUACUGCUCCCGCUGCCCCCCAGGCUGUUGGAAACCGGCAAACAGAUUCUGGACGAAGUAGAAGUAGCGACUGAACCCGCCGGUUCCCGGAUAGUCCAGGAGAAGGUGUUCAAGGGCCUGGACCUGCUUGAUAAGGCUGCCGAAACGUUACCGCCGCUCGAGUUGUUCAGCCGAAAUGAAGAUUUGGAAGAGAUUGCUUCCACCGACCUGAAGUGCCUGUUGGUGCCAGCGUUUCAAGGAGCCCUCACCGUGAAACAAGUCAACCCCAGCAAGCGUCUAGAUCAUUUGCAGCGGGCUCGAGAACACUUUAUAAACUACUUAACUCAGUGUCAUUGCUAUCAUGUGGCAGAGUUUGAGCUGACCAAAGCCAAGAGCAACUCAGCCGAAAAUCACACUGCUAAUUCCUCCAUGGCUUAUCCUAGCCUCGUUGCUAUGGCAUCUCAAAGACAGAGUAAAGAAGAGAGAUACAAGCAGAAGAAGGAGUUGGAGCAUAGGUUGUCUGAAGUGAAAUCUGCUGUGGAAAGUGGUCAAGCAGAUGAUGAGCGUGUUUGUGAAUAUUAUCUUCUUUACCUUCAGAGGUGGAUUGAUAUCAUCUUAGAAGAGAUUAAGAGCAUUGACCAGGAAAUUAAGAUCCUGAGAGAAAGAGACUCUUCAAGAGAGGCAUCAACUUCUAACUCAUCUCACCAGGAGAAGCCUCCAGUGAAACCCUUCAUUCUCACUCAGAAUACCGCCCAAGUCAAAGCGUUUGGAGCAGGUUAUCCAAGUCUGGCAACUAUGACGGUGAGUGACUGGUAUGAGCAACAUCGGAAAUAUGGAGAAUUACCAGAUCAGGGAAUAGCCAAGGCAACACCAGAGAAAUUCAGAAAAGCAGCUCAGCAACAGGAACAUCAAGAAGAAAAGGAGAAAAAGCAUGAUGAAUGAACACUCUACAGAGCUCGGGAGUGGGAUGACUGGAAGGACACCCAUCCUUGGGGCUACAGCAACCACCAGAACAUGGGCUGCAGGGUGCACACCUCCCCCACCAAGGAAAGCCAGGCAGUCCUCUCCUCUCUGGGCUCACGCUUCAGCUGUGUACAACAAAGGCAAAGAUGCUAAAUCUUGCUUUGCAUUCAAGAAAGUGUCAAGUGAUUAAAAACAAAAACAAACAAAAAAACCUCUGGUCACUAAAUACAGAUUUUAUGUAUUCUUAUUUUUAUAACGUUAUAAAAUGACUAUACAAAGGAUGUGCAAAUGUGCUUUUCAGAACAGGGGAUCUGAUAAAACAUAAAAUAAGCAAACAAACAAGCAAAAAUAAACUGUGCAAAUGCUUUGGA